UCCAUCUCAAGCAAAUUUUCUAUUCACUUUUUCUGUCUUCCCAAACAGCUAUCUAGUAAGAAAAAGAGAGGUCGAGAGAGCUCAGGCUUAUCUGAUUUUUGGGGUUAGGGUUUUUCCUCUUUCCGAAUCGCCUAUUCCAUAACCCUAACUAUCGGAUCAGGUCUGAGCAUUCUGGUUAGCAGGCCCUCUUAGGUUAAUCAACCAAGUUUCAUGUCUGAGCUCGACGUACAGAUUCCUACCGCCUUUGAUCCCUUUGCUGAGGCAAAUGCUGAGGACUCAGGUGCUGGGACAAAAGAGUAUGUGCACAUUCGUAUACAGCAACGGAACGGCAGGAAAAGCCUGACAACCGUGCAGGGAUUGAAGAAGGAGUUUAGCUACAACAAGAUACUCAAAGACCUUAAGAAGGAAUUUUGCUGCAAUGGUACAGUUGUCCAGGACCCAGAACUAGGACAGGUCAUUCAGCUUCAAGGUGAUCAGAGAAAGAAUGUGUCUUCCUUCCUCGUCCAGGCUGGCAUUGUGAAGAAAGACAACAUCAAAAUUCAUGGUUUCUGAGCUGUUGCAGCAACUCAACUCUCUGCAGAAUACAUCUCCCUGUACGCUCAGGGCAGAACAUGUUAUCUGGAUUAUACAUCAUCUAUAAGUUUGUCUGCUAUGUGUAUUGUGUUUCUGGUGUGUUCUAAUUGCAAAGCAACUGGUGUAAUGUGGAUUGAUCAUGGAGUGUAUGACAACUUGUGGCCGUCUAAAUUUCAAUCUCUAUAAAGAAUAUAUUAAGAAUGCUAUUUAUCCA